UAGUUGUGGGUUGAGCUUUAAAGCCCAGAUAACGAGUGAGUUUUCGGACCGAUAUAUACUACGAGGUAUCCACUCGGCACAACUCGGCACAUUUGAGCAGUCCGAUACACUUUUGCAUGGCUCGGAUUAAAACUCUCUCUUUCCUCUCAUCCUACAAUUUCUUCCUCCAAAUCUGAGCCGUUUAAAUAUGCAAUGGACGGCUCGGAUGCGCGAGCAGGCACCAUGUGGUACCCGCUCGGCACUGAAAAUUUUCCCCCAAAUAACCAAGCACCAGUGCCCAUGGCUAGUGGUAGUUCUUGUCAGUUUGCGCUCAUCUCGAUUAAUUCAUUCUGGGUACCUAAAAGUAACAAACCGGCAUAACCUCCGGUGGAUUAAUUUUUCAAUAGUGCGGAAGUACCGCCACAUGGUGCUCGGUACCACUUUACAAUCACACAUUCAUAUGAGGUUCAUGUACUUAAUGGUAAACCCCACAUUGUGUGAUUGCAAAGUGGUAUGAAGUACUCCUACCACGUAACGGUACUUCGAAACUAAUGUAUAAUUUCACCUUUCAGCGGCCCUAAUAUUUGAAGUGUUUGGCCUCCUUGUGACACGCGAAUUAUUUUAUUGUUUUCUCAUAAUCAUAACCACUUAGCUAAACUUUUGAGGUUAAUGUCACUCCUUAAAAUCACGCCAUCGGAUAACAAAUCCGGGAAUUGAUAAUCAAAAGUCAAAAAAUAGAAAAAUACAUGCUCCAUGUAUAUUUUUUGGGUAAAAAAUUGAGAAGAAUAAUCCAGCGGUACUUUCAUAACAGAGUUCAUUACAAAAAUUGUGGAUAAAUCAAACAAAAAUUAUGGACAAAAUCAAACUAAUUAAAUAACUAUUGUAAACAAGAAUAACACAAUGCAGUCGAUAUACAUUUUCACUUAGUCGAUACUCCCUCCGUCCCCAUUCUUUAGUCCCUUUUGGAAGUCUGUGUCAUUUUUCAAUUGAUUAUAUAUUGCAAUCUAUAAUUUUUUUAGGCGAUUUUAAAAAUAUUUUAAUUUUUUUUGGUGAUUUUGAAAAUAUCUUUUAAAAGAAUUUAUUGAAAUUUAUCAAAUACAGUAAGAUUCAUAUUACAUAUAAAUAGUACUACUAAUUAAAAAUUAUAAUUAGUUUUUAUAAAUAGUAUUACCAAUUAAAAAUUAUAAUUAAUUUUUUAUCCGAUUAAAAUAGGUCAAAAGACAAAAAGAAUAGAAACAAAAGAAAAAAAUAGAGACAAAAGGGAGUAUUUUUCAUCCCGAUUCAGACGUUGAGCCUCAAGCAAAAAAUGGCUUGAUAUGUAUUUUGCUCAUCACAAGGUUAUGGCAUGGUAUAAUGAAGAAAUAAAGGACUCGUUUACAUCGACAAGUCACUGGAUUUGGGAACGUCUCGAGCGGAAUUGUUUUCACUUUCGAGAGCUUUUCACCUCCUCAUCUACAUCUAUUCUCGUUUGCGGAUCAAAAAAAAAAAGAUCUACUAUUCUCGUUUAAGAGCAUCUCCGACUCCCAACCAUCGACCACCCGCGGAUAAAAAAAAACCCAUCGACCGCCCCUUUCCUUUCUUCCUGACUCCCUUCUCCAUCUCUCUCUCUCUCUCUCUCAAAUUCUAAAGAAGCUCGAAGAAACUAGCAAGUCGAAACCUCGAACCAAAGCUUUGAUCUAGAACAGGAGAGAGAGAAAUAGAAUGGCUCAAAUUCCUAAUCUGGACAACGCCCCUAUCAAUCUCACAUCCAUAAGAGAUCAAUCUCAGAAGGAGCUCAUCACUAUCCUGAAAAAUAUUCGAGGAAAGAAGUGUUUAGUCAUCGAUCCUAAGCUUGGAGGCGCUCUCUCUUUGAUUGUUCAGACCUCACUCCUCAAGGAACACGGGGUAGAAUUGAGGCAUCUUACUUCAGAACCAAUUCAAACUGAAUGCACCAAAGUGGUUUACCUUGUUCGAGCUCAGAUUGAUUUGAUGAAGUUUAUCUGCUCUCAUGUUCAUGCUGAUGUUUCAAAAGGACUUCAAAGAGAGUAUUUUGUUUACUUCGUUCCUCGGCGUGCAGUUGCAUGCGAGAAGAUACUCGAGGAGGAAAAAAUUCAUCAUUUGAUGACUAUUGGGGAGUACCCCUUAUACAUAGUUCCUUUGGACGAGGAUGUAUUAUCUUUUGAACUUGACCUCGGCUUUAAAGAAUGUUCAGUUGAUGGGGAUAUGAGCUCUCUUUGGCAUAUAGCAAAAGCAAUUCACAAGCUUGAGUUUUCUUUUGGACUGAUACCAAAUGUGAGGGCCAAAGGCAAGGCAUCAGUUCGUGUUGCUGACAUUCUGAAUCGGAUGCAAGCUGAAGAGCCUGUUAACUCCUCUGAUAUGGGUGUGCCAGAGAUUAAUACUCUCAUCCUUCUGGACAGAGAGGUUGACAUGGUUACUCCUAUGUGUUCCCAGUUGACAUAUGAGGGGCUAUUGGAUGAGUUUCUACGUGUCAAUAAUGGUGCUGUGGAGCUAGAUUCAUCUGUCAUGGGUGCCCAACAAGAGGGGAAAAAGAUCAAGGUGCCACUUAAUUCGAGUGACAAACUUUUCAAAGAGAUUAGGGAUCUCAACUUUGAAGUUGUUGUCCAGGUUCUACGUCAAAAAGCAACAUCCAUGAAGCAAGACUACACGGAGAUGACAACUACGACCCAGUCAGUGUCUGAACUAAAGGAUUUUGUCAAAAAGCUGAACUCAUUGCCAGAAAUGACUAGGCAUAUAAACCUUGCUCAGCAUUUGUCAACAUUUACGUCAAAACCAUCAUUUCUUGGUCGGCUAGACAUGGAACAUACAAUUGUGGAGGCUCAGAGCUAUGACAUAUGCUUUGAUUACAUUGAAGAAAUGAUCCACAAACAAGAACCUCUUGUCAGUGUCCUACGGCUCCUCAUCUUAUUUUCUGUUACUAAUGCAGGGUUACCAAAGAAGAAUUUUGACUACUUGAGGCGGGAGCUGCUUCAUUCCUAUGGUUUUGAGCACAUGGCUACUCUGAAUAGUCUAGAAAAAGCAGGAUUACUUAGAAAACAGGAGUCAAAAAGUAACUGGCUGACAGUCAAACGUGCUCUGCAACUUGUGGUUGAUGAUACGGACACAGCCAACCCGAAUGAUAUUUCCUACGUUUUUUCUGGAUAUGCACCUCUCAGCAUUCGCCUUGUUCAGCAAGCAGUUCGAUCCGGAUGGCGUCCUGUUGAAGAAAUACUGAAGUUGUUGCCCGGACCACAUUCAGAAGCAAAGCGAAGUGGAUUUGCAAGCAGUCCAUCUCUUGACACACUUCCCGGGACUCCUAGUUUGGACAAAGUUGGUGAUGGGAGGCGCUCUCUAGUGCUAGUUGUUUUCAUUGGAGGGGUAACUUUCGCAGAGAUUUCUGCACUUCGUUUUCUCAGCGCUCAGGAAGGGAUGGCAUAUGAAUUGAUUGUUGGCACAACAAAAAUCAUCAGCGGCCACACCUUAACUGAAACACUCAUUGAAAACUUGGGAUGACUUGAGUUGUAAUCAUCUGGCUUCUUUUAGUGACAAAUUGUGCAACUUGUCACUAAUCUGGUCCGUUUUGAAGAUUUGACAAGUGAGAUUUUCUGAUUUUCCCCACGAGGUUUUUUUUCCAUCAAUUUUUUAUAUUGGUGUUAUACGUAAGCGAAUCCUUGCUCUUUGUUCUUUGGAAAGGUAUUUGUACAUGUGUAGAUACUUGGCUUUUUAGUGCUGCAUAAUUUGUGAAGUCCGCGGACUAAAUUCCUGCUUCCAUUUUAAGUGCCUUAUUCUCAGGCUUGGUUGAUUUGUAAUGCUGCAAAAUGAGAACUUGGGGAUGGUUUUUGGUACACUUGUUCAACUCGACGAGCUAUACAAAGUGAACGUUUCCAAUCAUCGGAGCAAGACCGGAGCGGACGCGAUUUCCAUGCACAGUACCAUCCCCCUGUCUGCAAAAUGACCAGAUCCGCAGUGUAGUCCUGUCCAGUUUCAACUUCCAAGUAAUAGCCGAGGUAGUUGAAACGUGUAAGACACAGCUUGUUUUUCGUCCUGAAGAUGAGAAAUGUUGUGACCUUUCUCUUUUGUUUGGGCUGCCACACCUUCCCUGUUCUGGCGAUUAGUUGUAUCUGAAAACUCUAAUUUGGAAUUACGAUUUUGGAAAGCAAGUUGCAUCGGUCACCUGCAACUUCAUGUGGUGCAUAAGUUUUCUGAGUCUAUGGUUAACAUUCCAUUUUAGGCA